AGCGGGUUUCCCUCUCCUUUAUCCAAGCAAACAUUGGGAAGAUGGGAUAGGGAUGCGUUUUCCCUGCAGGGGAAAAGGGGUUUUGCUGCCAUUCCUGCAGCGAGCGCUCCCGUCCUCAGCCUGAGAUUGCAGCGGGCUGGGCCUAAUUACCCCGGAGUAACCGGAGAGGAGGUCGGAGCGGAGAGCGCAGCCCUGCUUCGGCAUCGGCCAUGGCUCCAUGGAGCACCACCACGCACCACGGAUGGGCCCCUGGCUCCUGUGCCUGCUGCCGGCGCUGGCGGGGGGGCAGCCGCUGUCCGCGGGGGACGUGGUUUAUGAGGAGCAGACGGUGACGGGGGUGCGGGGCCGGGCGGUGGAGCUGAGCUGUGGGUCCCCAACGUGGACCCCCCCGGCCGUGGUCUUCUGGAGCUUCGUGCCGGGGGGCACGGGCCCGCCGCGGGCUGUGGCCGUGGGCUCGGGCCGGGAGGUGGCGCUGGCCCCCGGUGCGGCAGCGCUGGGCCGGGUGACGCUGCGCAACGGGAGCCUGGAGCUGCGGGAGCUGCGGGCCGGUGCCCGCGGCCGCUUCCUGUGCCAGGGGCUCUUCCCGGAGCGCGGCCGGCUCCGCGUGGGAUACAGCACCAUCCUGCUCCGGGUACUGGUGCCCGUGUCCAAGCCCUUCGUGCGGCCGACGGCGGCGGCGGCGGCGGAGGGGACGCCGGUGGCCUUGACGUGCGCCGUGCGCGAGGGGACGGAGCCGCUCAGCUUCUCCUGGCAGCACCGGCAGCCGCGGGGGGGGGCCCCCGUGGCACUGGGGGGCUCCGGCGCGGAGCUGAGCCUGGCGCCCGCCAACCGCAGCCACGCCGGGUGGUACGUGUGCACCGCGCGCAACGAGGUCAACAACCGCAGCAGCGAGCCCGUCUACCUGGACAUCGUCUACGGCCCCGACGAGCCGGCCAUCAGCGUGGAGCCCUUCAGCCCGGAGCAGGGCGGCUUCUCCGCGGGCGAGCGCGAGGACGUGGUGCUGAGCUGCCUGGCGCCAUCCAACCCGCCCAGCCGCUACGUCUGGCUCCACAACGGCUCCCAGGUCCAUGUGGGUCAGACCUACAUCCUCGCUGCCAUCACCCGCGCCCAGGCCGGCACCUACACCUGCCUGGCCGAGAACAUCCACCUCCAAACCCGCACCCAGGCCACCAUCGUCCUCACCGUCUACUAUCCACCAGCCGGGAGCCCGAGCUGCUCUGCGCUGGCCGCCGGUGACGUGCGGGACGUGGCGCUGCGGUGCCGCUGGCUGGGGGGGUUCCCCCCGGCACGGCUGCGCUGGGUGGGCCCCGAGGAGGAGGAUGAGGAGGAAGAGCGGGGGGUGACGGGGACCUCUUUUUCCAUGGCCACCAGAAUCCAGCCAGGGGGGGCCACCAGGAACGGCAGCGCCUUCUCCUGCCUGGCCUCCCACCCCGCGCUGCCGCAGGGGGCUGCCUGCGGGACCACCCUGUGGAUCCCGGCUGGCGGCCCCUCCUGCGCGGCAGUGGCCACCAAGGGGGACGAGUAUGUGAUGCUGCGGUGCCGGUGGGACGGGGGGACCCCCCCCGUCACCCUGCGCUGGUGGGAUGGCGCUGGGCAGGCGCUGGGUGACCCCGCACCCUCCGCCACCGUCGUGGUGCUGAGCACCAGCAGCAGCCUGGGGGGGCAGGAUUACAUCUGUGCGGCCACCCAUCCGCUCCAGGCCACCGGCACCGAGUGCCGCCUGCGCCUGGAGGCCCCCGAGCUGGAGGUGGCGAGGAGCGAGGUGGCGGUGCUGGAGGGCGGCGAGGCGCGCUUGGCGUGCCGGCGAGGCGGCCCCGGCGCCAACCUGGGUGCCACCAUGGCUUGGUACGACCCCAAGGAGCAGGAGUUGCCAGCGGGGUUGGCCAAGUACCACUUGGAGCGGGGAGAAGCGUGGCUCAACCUCACCAUCCGUGAUGCGGAGUGGCCGGGGGACAGCGGGACCUACCGCUGCGCCGCAGCCAACGCCGUGGGCACCGCCAGCCUCCCCGUCCAGCUCCGCGUGGAACGGUACCCGGCCCCCCCCAACGUCACCAUCAGCAGGCUGCGGUACACGCGGGCGCGCACCGAGGUGCGGCUGGAGUGGCGGACGCAGGGCACCGGCAACCUCACCGGCUUCGUGGUGCAGCGGCGCCAAACCAAGAGACCCCCCCGGCGGGCGGCCGGGCCCUGGGAAACGGCCGCCGGUGACAUCGAGCCCCACUCGCGCGACCGGCGCCUCGGGGGGCUGGACCCGGCCGUGGUUUAUGCCUUCCGCAUCCUGGCCGUCAACCACCGCACGGCCGGGCACCCCUCCGAGGUGCAGACGCCAGCCGAGCCUCCCUUCGAAGCCUACCCGGCGGUGACGGGGGCAGCGGUGGUGGGGAUGCUGGUGGCCACCGCGGCGUCGCUCCUGGCCGUGCGCUGCAUCGCCCGCCACCGGGACACCCUCCCAUGGCUGCACAACCUCCUCUUCCGCACGGCCGGGCCCGGUGACCAGGAGCCCGCGGGCACACCGGAGGAUGCUGAAACAGCCCUGGAGGAUGGAGCAGCACCGGGAGACGCGUCAGCCCCGGGUGCAGCAGCAGCACCUCCAGAGCCAGACCCAACAGCAGCGGAUGAUCCCCCGGUUCACGUCAGCAUCACGGCGUCUCCAUGAGCGUUCCCUGCCCUGUUCCGCAUCCCGCUCAUCCCGGGAAGGGUGGACACGUGUCCCAAGCCUCAGCUCCUGUGACACUGCUGAAGUCAAACCCCAGCAGCUGGAAAAAUACCCCUUGGGGGUGUUGGCGAAGGGCUUCUGCUGCUUUAGAGUAUUUAAAAGGUGCUCGGGGACGUGGAUGAUGGUUGCCGGGAUGCAGCGGGAGCACCGGGCACACGCCCCUCCACUCAGCCUCCAUCCUUCUGGAGCUACAAUAAAUCCUUUCUCACCCAUUGGAGAGGCAAAAAAA